AUGUAUACUCCUUCAAGCGCCACUUCAUCCAGGUCCGCCUCUCCAGAAUUACAAUCGGAAUCAAUGCAAAUCUUUGUUAAGGUUUUGUCCGGCGACACUAUACCCAUAACCGUUCCCGAAGAUACCACCAUUUCGAACCUCGCCCAUCUCCUCUCUAUCCGCACAUCCUCGCCAUCGUCAUCACUUCGUCUCGUACACGCUGGAAGACAUCUACAACCAUCUUCAACUCUCACCUCGAAUAACAUUACUCGAGACUCGACAAUCCACGUUGCAGGAACACUAAGAGGCGGUAUGCCACCUAAGAAGAUUAGGUGCAAUUACAAGGACUGCGGGGUGGCAGCACAAAGAAUUGUAGGACACUGUGGAUUUUGUGAAGGAGAGUUCUGUGGGAAGCAUAGAAUGUUGGAGGAUCACAAGUGUGUGAAAUUAGAAGACUGCAAGAAGGAAUGUCAUGACCGAAAUGCAGCUCAACUAAAUGCCGAGCGAACCCAAGUCAUCAAGGGUAUCUAG